GUCGUUUCGUCUCAAUCUCACCCAACUCGGUCCCGAUCAGCACAGCUCAAAACGCAGCUUCAAGCUCUCGUCGCUUCUUCCAAUAAUGAACACGGUGACUCACAUUGCGGAUCGCAUGGGCAUCGAGUCGCCGCGUGUGCGCGCCAAGGCCGCCGAGCUCGUCCGCCUCGCAGCCAUCAAUGCGCCGUCCGCUCCUGGGUUUGAAGUCGUGUGCAGACCAGCAGUCGCGUUGGACACUGCAUGCCGUAUGCACAAGGAGCCGUUCGAUCGGAAAAUGGCAAUCAAACUAUCCGGAACAAACGCAAAGACAUACACGCUCGUUCUCAACACCAUUCAAGGGGUGCUCGAUGUUCGGCAUCGCAUCGAUCUGCGGGACCUCGCCAUCCAGAUGAAUUGCACGGAUUUGCUACCACAGUUGAAGGAGUUUGCCAAUCGGUACCGUGAAGCGCUGGUAGAAGAACAACCAGUUGCCUCAGCCAAUCCCAGUGAUCUCUUUGAAACGGCCAUGAGCAAACCUGCCGUUCUCGCUGCAGUCUUUUACGCCGGUUGCCGCGUGAUGAAAUUUCGCGUCAGUCGAAGAAAGAUUAUCCACGCGUGUGACAUUGGCGAGACAGAGUUUCGUAAUGUGCUGGCCAAGGUGGAGUCGGUUAUUGGUGUAGGCGAUACGGAAAAACACGGCAGCAGCGACGAAGAGUCAACAGAUACGAGCGGAAACCCUCGUGGGAGAAAACGAAGACAAAGUGCCCAAGAUGAGGAUGAUAGUGGUUCGGACAGCGACAAUGGCGAUAACAACAAUGCAAGCAGCUCACGAAAAGCAUCAAGACUGGACGUUGCCGACUCGAGUGCUGCUGCAGCUUUGCAAAGCUCCUCCUCCUCGAAAAGAGGCGAACGAAUGGCCGCUGCUUGCGAGAUGCCGCCAAGACCCGGCACCGUGGCGUCACUAUUGGUUCAAGAUACCACCACAAAACGAACGUAUUGGGACAAAUCUCCUGCUCGACUGUUUAAAGCCACCCGAGCACCAGCAGAGCCUGUCUUGGACGAUCUGCCCGAGCCUGAACUACCGAAUGCGGCAGCUCGUCCCGUCCAGACAGCUCCUUCUUCCGUUUCAGUUUCCAAACCAGCUCCCGUCAAGUCUCGUCGACCUGACCCGACAAAAGAUACAACAUUUACUCCUUCCGCCAAAACGAAUCGCGAUUAUCUCGACUGGAAGGCCAAAAUUCUCGGCGGAACUGAAAAGUAAAGGGGGCGGGGGUUUUGGAUGUUGCAUGCUCGGUGUACAAUACCAUUCAAACACGACAUGAUUGC